ACAGUUGUAAUGCUGGAAGCUGUGUGCUCGAUAGAUUAAGGUCUACGGCGACAGCUCCGAUCCCUUCGAAGCAUCAACUGGAACUUGGACCGCUGCAUAUUAAUUUUUCGAGUUGAAACGGACAGAAUAGUUUGAAUGUGCUUCAGAAUAUUAAAGCUAUAUCUGCGCUGUAUCUCUCUCGGGUAUCCACUUUUGUCUCUUAAUUCUCAACACCUCCGUUGUGUUUGAUGACUCUCUCAGGACGGUAGUAAGGGUACGAUAUUCUAAAUGCAGUAUUAGCAACCCUAAUUAGGUCUUGCAGUGUAAUAUGUUACGAAUGGCGUGUAAUUCGAACAACUAGCCAACUGCAUAAGAUCUGUCGGUGUCAAAUACAUCGGAAAGCGAGCGUGUAAUUGAGCGACGCUUGGAAGAAAUGUCAUCAGGCUCCACAUGCCGAUGUGCUCUAAUAUCGUCCUAAAGAAUGCAAGUGACGGAUGGGCGAUUCCUUCAAGAAGAAGAUUCGUUUCCAAAGAUUUUGCUGAUACAAUCGCUCAUGAGUAGUUCCCAAAUGUAUUGAGAAAGGUGACGAAGUAUAGAAAUUUUGCAUCCGAACAUGCACACCUUGUUAUCAAAACCACGGCAAUUUUACAGGACCUGCAAGUGUGAACGCAUUGCGCCGGAUGAAAACCUCACUCGGAGUAUCACGGAAAUAGCAACGACGUCGCAGGUGGGGUGAGAUUGCUGCAGGAAAAUUCACUCGAGCGAAUUUCAUGCGAAUGCCGCCACUUUUAGAGCAGAGCUGAGUGUGAGAGCCAGAUCCUGUGGUAUCUUGCAAGGUUGGAAUUACGCGAUCUCUGGGAGCGUGAUUACGUUCCGCAGCUUGAGGAAGAGGCAAAGUUGGAGAGCGAGAGAGAGAGAGAGAGAGGGACAUAAAGAGGGAUUUUACAUUAUUGGGGUUACGUAUAAGCUGGCGGGGUUGCACUCUCCUUUGAGUCCUGCUCUUGCUGCUUCUCCCCCCCACCAUGCCGUCACCUCGUUUCCUGUCCGCUGCUAUGCGGAUCAAGACUGUCUCUCCUACCACAGAAGAGGUUUUAGUCGAAGAAAGCUUUGCUGCGAAAGCUGCCAUUUUGAAUAGACCCAGGAAAUUAAAUUCCUUAAACGAAAACAUGAUUGAUCGCUUGUUGGAGCUUUACAUGAAAUGGGAAAAAGACGAGCGUGUUCGCAUGGUUAUUAUUGCAGGUGCAGGGCGGGGCUUCUGUGCAGGGGGUGAUGUAGCAGUAGUAUAUCUUCUCGGCAAAUCAGGUGAUAAAGAUCGCGGUAAUACUUUUUUUGGCAAGGAGUUUCGACUCAAUUAUAUUCUAGGAACCUACGAGAAAACUCAUGUGGCGCUACUCGAUGGGGUAGUAAUGGGUGGGGGUAAUGGUGUUUCUAUGCAUGGAAAGUUCCGAAUUGCAACAGAGAACACUAAAUUUGCCAUGCCAGAGACUGCCAUAGGGCUUCAUCCUGAUAUUGGGGCGUCGUAUUUCCUUUCAAGGUUACCUGGUCAUCUAGGUGAAUACUUAGGCCUUACAGGGACUCGUCUUGAUGGAGCAGACUUGCUUUCGUGUGGUCUUGUCACACACUUUGUGCCCUCUAAGCGGCUAGAUGAUCUGGUGGACCGGCUCGGUAAUCUAAACUCUGGGGAUCCAGAUGUUGUAAGCUCUGCUAUUGACGAAUUUUGUGAUGUUGUUUGCCCCGGAGAUAAGAGCCCUUUGCACCGAAGGGACGCCAUAGAUAGAUGUUUUGGACAUGAUACGGUGGAAGAGAUCGUACAGGCUCUGGAGAUCCAAGCGGGGAGGUCUGAAGAUGAGUGGUAUACGAACACAUUGGCUUUAUUGAAGAAAAUGUCUCCCAUCAGUCUGAAAGUAGCAUUAAGAUCUAUCCGAGAAGGUAGACAACAAAGUCUGUUUCAAUGUCUAGAGAGUGAUUAUCGACUCGUUGUGCACGCUGUUAACGCGACGCACUCCACAGACUUUUAUGAGGGUUGCCGAGCUCUUCUGGUGGACAAAGAUAACAAGCCUAAGUGGAGUCCCCCAACUUUGGCCGAGGUUACUAAAGAAAUGGUGGACGACAUUUUUGGACCAUUUCAUCGAGGGGAGAAAGUUUCCGAGCUUCUAGUUCAAGACCGUGAACGCAACUCACGAUCUCUUUCUCGACUCUGAUGCAUUUCGACAGUUACAUUCGUGAAUGUGAUUGAUGACAUUGCCGAAUUGCUCAUUGGGGGAAUUGAUUUCGGUGGACUGGGAAUCUUCAACGCAUGCUAAGAAUUUGCAAUCAUCUUUUGAAUAAAGAUUUUCUCACUAUUUGAAUGUUA